AUGGUCCGCUGGCUUGUCUCCAAAAAGGGUGUGCCCGUGUUGGCAAGCAGCGGAUAUGAGGCCCCCUUCCACAGCCUGGCUGCCCUCGCGAAAGCUACAGCGAUCGACAUCACCUUUGACUACAAUUGGGUGCACGCCAACAAUCGUCCUCCUCUGGAACGCCUGUUCAAAGAUAUGCAAGCGUAUUCGGGGGUCUCUGAGACUACCGAUGGAUGCAGAUACGCGGAUUGGGCAAUCUUCUGUACCGUUGAAGAAGACCACCAACCACCACCUUCGUACACAAACGCGGUAGACGCGGGUGCAUCGCAAAAGCGACCCAGGCGAGUUACACCGCCCUCGCAGCCUGCAUCGCCUCCUCAUAAACGUCCGCACUACGAUCAAGGGUCGCCCACAGAAGUCGCGACAUCCUCACCUUGUCCAUCCGGCACAUCCCAACAUUCGCCAUCCGAGAAGGAGGAAGCGAAGAUAAUAAGUGCACACCCAUCUCCAUACGCCAGUGCCGAGCUCGCCUUCCAAGACGUCGUCAAUAAGGCCGUUGAAGCUCAGCUUCCAGCCCUGGUCGAAAGCAUGUUGCCCAACAUUCUCAGGAGCAUAUUGCCGGAUGUCCUUCAUAGAUCCCUUGCUCCCAGACGAUCACCGUCUUCGUCGCCUCCCCCUAGAGCCAGCUGUACGCCCCAACCUUCGCCUUCCCUCGGCACACUCAUAGCCGACCGCCUGGAAGUUCUGGCCAAGGAUCACUUGACUUCGAUCUUCGCCGAUGCCAAUGACCAAGCGUACAGCCUCCGUGUUCAAGCUGAGGGAGAGUUUGAGGACGUGGUUGCCGACCACAAGCUCGAUGUCGACACAAUCAAGGAAGACUGCAUACGAGAGCUUGGUGAAGUGGUUGACGAUAAGCUGUGCAAGUUCAAGGAGCAGACUGAGGAGAUUGUCGAAACUGCCGUGGAAGAAGUGGGCAUUAAAAGCGGUGAAGUUCGCGACGACUUCUGCGACGGGCUUGAAGAGUUCGUGAACAUAGCUUCUUCUUCACUCAAGAAGUUGAGAGAAGUGAGAGGCCACCGCAAUCGUAUGUCGACGAGUCAAGACUAA